AUGUCGGGGCCAGAGGCUCACCUCCAAUUGCAGCUCCCCAUGUACCACAGACCUCUGGCCCAGGAGCCCUACUUGGAGAAGGCCAGUGUGCUACUGGCCUUCUGCCUCCAAGUCCUGAGCUGGAAGAGCAGUGUGUGGGUCAGCGGGCUGCCACUGGGGGACCUGGAGACGUUGAGCCUCAUCCACAGUUCCUUCUCCAAUGUCCAGGUGGUGAUUGGGGUAGAGGGAGGGUUGGGUGCCUCCCUGGAGGCCUUGAUCUGCCUCUUCCAUCAGCCCCUGAUUUACAGACCCAAGGCCAAGGAGGCUGAUGAAUGGGACACAGUCCCCAAGAGCAGCCUCCCCCAGGUUCAGGGGAGCCCACUCCCAAGUCAUCUGGAGUGUCUCCACAACCCUUCCCAGACUCCCAGCAGCCUCUCCCAACAAACACUGGAGGAAGGACAGAAAUACAGCCCCACAGGGAACCUUCCAGAUGCUGCUGCCUUCUGCUAG